GGCUAGGCUGAUAGCUGCAAGGUGGGCGGCGGGAGAGGAUGGGGGGGGGGCUGCCCCUCUCUCACGGAGGCCAUGCAAAUGUAGAGAGGAGGAAGAAAAGCCCCUCUUAAUGACUCACUGAUUGAGCCGGUUUAAAAUUAGUUAUUGUUUUGUUUGGGCUUUUUUUUUUCUCCUGGCCACCCCCUUGGCCGUCGAGAGGGGGAGAGAAAGUGUGUGUGUGUAUGUGUCUGCCAGUGUGACUGAGGGUGUGUGUCUGUGAGGAAGAGGGGAAUCAAGUGUGUAUGUGUGUGUGUGAGGGAGAGGGAGAAAGAAAAAUAAUCUUUUCAAAUCUCCUCCCUCUUUUUUUCCCCCCUCGUUUCUUUGCUUUUCUCUAAAGCUCUCUGGUCUGUGGAACACUUUUUCUUCCUCCUCCUCAGGAAAAUGGAGACGCUCCGUCUUCUCGCUCCUGGGCGGGAGGCUGCCGAGGAUUUUUCUUUUCUUUUGCCUCCCCGGUUGGAUUUGUUUUCAGCGACCAUCUCUUGCCAUCUCGUACUCAUUUUCACCGCCUUUCUAGCAUGGGUUGCGCUUUUUGACGGGGAUUCUUUUUUUCCCCUUCUUAAUUUCGUUUCUUAUUAUUACUAUUUUUUUUGUCUCCAGUUUCCUCCGAUUUCUUGUCUUUGCGUCAUUGUUUCAAGGAAUGGAAAUGGUGAUUUGUUUCGGUGUAUGUAAUUCUGGGUCGGUAGGAUUUAAAAUCCUUUUCGGUUGUAAAUUUAUGUGUUUUUUUUUAAGCUGCAAGUAUAAUAAAUAUUCUACAUCUGUAACAAUGCUUUCGUUUUUGCCUUUCGAAGACUCUUGUUAUCUGUAUCUAGCAUGGGAUUAACUUUUCAAAAAAUGAUAGUGAAUUGGUUUUGGUUAAAGACCUGGAGGGGAGGGAGAGAAAUAUAUAAAAAAUGGAUUGAAAAUCCGAUGGAUCAUUUUUGAUGCUUUUCCCCCCCUUUUUAUUCGAAAUGAAGUAGUUGAGUGGACAAUACUCUUAAUAGGGAAUGCAUGUACAGUAGAUUUGCAGAAAUGGUCGAUUUUUGCUGAGAGAAGGACGAAGGAAACUCAGGCCUUUGUGUUUUUAUAGGGCUUAAUUUCACCCUCCCUAAAUUGUAUAAUCUAGGAGAAUUUCCGAAUUGAACAUGCAUUUCCAAAGCUCAGUCGACGGAGCCAAUUUUUCCGCACAAGAGUCCCUUUUCUCCGUGCCGGUCUCGUGCCUCGGCGGCUGGAGGGUCAGGGAGAAGGGAAGAUGGCGCUGCCUGGCCAUCGGCCAGGAUUUGUGGCGCAGUUUCUUCUCUUUCGUUCCCUGCCGCCGCCAUUUUGAAAUGCUUUUAAUACGAGGCUUUCCCCUUCGGCUGGGGCGUCGUCUUCCUCUACUUCGUGGAGUUGCUUUCCCUCUCUCAAAGUAGAACAAAAAUGGAAACGGGGAACUUCUUCACCUUUAUGAAAUGAUUUCCAAAGGGGUGAAAUAUCUUUUGCGACUCAUUAAUUUGUCUGGAGAAAAAAUUGUACGGAGGUUGAGGGUGCCACGUAUUUUAAUACUUUUAACAAUUACAAGCCCGAUUUCUUGUGUAGGACAACUAGCAUUCGUUUUAAAAAGUUCUUACGUCUUUAUUUUCAUUUAUAAACUACUUUCUUAUGAAGAAUACUAGUGGUUAUGGGGACAAAUGGCAAUUAUUACCCCUGUUAAAUGUUGCUUUUUUAAUAGAAAUUAUCAUCCUGUGUUCCCUACCAGAUUGGGAUGUAAACCCUUGAAAUAGUCCAGCUUCGAAUGUAUGAAUCACAUGGAGGAAAACAUCUAUGUGAUGCAAAUAACUUUAAAGAAAAGCAGCGUGUGAUCUGUGGAUUAAAAAUGGAGGACCUUGGCAAAUUGGAUGGCCUUUCAAAUUUUUUUAUAAUUACAUAAUUUUACAUGUGUCAGUGAGGUCUUAUUCCAGAAAACCAAGUAAGGGAGCAUAAUAAAAGGACUACAGUUUUUCCUAUCUUCCACUGUCAUUAGAUUUCUGUUUUGAAGGCUUCCUAAAAGAGUAAAACAUAUUUAUUUAAAGUAUAAGUAGUCUUAAAUUCUGUAAUCUCAGAAUACUUAAUUGAAGUGGAGGCAGGUUUUAAUAUAACUGGUUUUUUGUUUAUUUUUUUAGAUACUAAAUUUCAGAGGAAACAAUGGGCAAACUAGUAGAUAUAUUGCAUUUUCCAGUAAUUUCCUACUAUUAAGUCUUUAUUUGAUCUAAUUUUUCAGAAUUAAUUAAAACUUUUUGAAUAAAUGUAAGAAACAAUAUUAGGAAACAAUUGGCUUGAUAAAUUUAAUGUGACAACAAUGAAGUUAAUUCCAUCUAUUUGUAGAGCCAUUGAUAUCCUCAAUGAAAGAAAGAUGAUUUGGACUUGGUUUAUUAUUAUGUUUUCUAGUAAAUAACUGAUGCAAUAAAUAAAUAAAAAUAGUAGCUCUUCAGCAAAGUUCUAAGUGUUAGCGUUUAUCAUUAGGCUACAUGUUUCAUUGCUUUUUGUCAUUCUAAACUGGAUAGUGCAGUUACCAUUGCAUCUAGGCAAUUGUUUAAAAGGGGUUUGUCUACACAUUGGUUUAGUUAGUUCUCUUAAUAUAUCUGGUGUAAAAUAUAUCAAGAAACCAAUGAAAAAGAUUAAAUUUAAAAAAUCAGAUAUAUUGUUUAGUAGCUUUCCUUCUAGGAAUUAAUGUACAUUUUCUGUAUAAUCCCCCUCCCCCACCCAUUUAAAAUAUUUAAUAGUUUAGUAAAUUAUACUGUACAUUCAAUAAAAUGUCUGACUUCAUUAAGUCUCAUGAAAGAAAAGGAUUUGUUAUUUGGCAAGUAAUUUGAAUGGCAUCAAAGAAACUAACUUUGAAAGGAGACAUUGUGAAAAAUCAUAUUUUCAUUGGGCAUAUACCUGGCAUAUACUACAUUUUAGUUAAAUAUGUUUUGUUAGGCCUAGAUUUAUACAUAUUUUUCAAACACUGAAAAGAUGAGCUUCUGGAUAUAUUUAUCAUUAUUUCCAGCAGCAGAUCUUACCACAUAGAAAUCCCAGGACACAGUGUUUAUGUUCAAAGGAUGACAUUGAUUCUAUCUCUAUUGAGAUAGUGCUUAUUUGUUCUGCCAAUCUUAGGAGUGCUGCUUCUUAUUCAGAUACAUGUAAAGUAUUUACCCAUAUUCUCAAUCAUUCAUAUGUAGCACAGGUGGUGUUCACAGUUUAGACAUUCACAAUCUUUUAUUAUGUCAUUUUGAUAAAACAAAAAACUUUUGAAGAACUUACUUUAUCAAUUCUUUGGGAAGGUCAAACUUUAUUAGAAUAAUAGCACAACAGGAAAAAACCCAUUUUCAAGCAGUUGUCUAAUUUUAGAUUUGUUUCUGAAUAGUAUAAUUUGUAUUAAAGAAAUUACAAAAUUAAAAACUGAAAACAUCUUGUUUUGACACUCUGCAGUUGGGCUACCCAGUAGUGCUUCAUAUUCAAAUUUAAAUAAGUUCUUUGAUGUGUAGGAGACAGCUACCUUUUGAUAUCAGAUCUAAGGUUCUAUACUGUGCAGCCCUAGUCUGUUAGUCAUAAAUCUUAGUUUACAGCAGUCACUUUUUCAUAGAUGGACCCCCCUACCAGUAAACUGGCAAAUUUGAAAUUUGGUAUAAUGGGAAGUAGGCAUCUAUACUUCUAUAACGUAAUCAUUUCUGUUUCUAACAAUUUAAAUUGUUUUGUUUCAAGUAGAAUAAAAGAUUGUUCUAUUUUUAAUUCUUACUUUUUAACUGAUAAAUGAUCACAUUUAUUUUAUUUUGUUGCAAAACAAAGGAUGGUAUGAAAGAUUUAGUAUAUGUAUGAGCAUUUGUAGAUAAUUGAUAAUGAGCAUGUGUAGAUAUUUUGAAUUUUUAUUUUGAAUAUAAAGAAUAAUGUGGCAGUUGUUAACUGUUAACUAAUCUGUUCAACUUACUUUCUAUAUGUUCCUAUUCCAGUAUGUGAGCUGGACAAUCUUUGUAGGAAUAUACUGGGAAACAUAAGGCCGAUCUAGCUUUAAGCCCACAAUCUAGAGAAGCUAUAGAUACACUGCCACACUGUUUGAGAGACCAGAAGUAUAAAUGCAAACUAAUGAAUAACUUGACAACUUCUCACAAAUAAAUUAUCAGGAUUAAAAUUAAUGUGUAAAAGGAAACAAUAUGUUUCCAAUUUCCUGCAUUCCAGUGGAAAUUACCAAAACAUAUAGAAACACAUUUAAUAUGUAGUAGGACCGAUUAUACAUGGACAUUCUGCAACUUCUGAGGGGCAAAAAACAUUGUAUUAUAGUAUAUGAACAAUCCAAUAAGUGGAAAUCUGAUUAGGGAGUGGUUUCUGUACCUUUCAUUUGAUUAAAGGAACACAAACUUGGUGUAUAUAGAGAAUCACACAUUCUUACUCCAUAGACGUUUGUUGUGUCAUUUAUGUUCAUGUCUCCUUCCAUUUAUCUAGCCAAAUAAGAAAAUAGUAAUAUUUGAUACUUUAUUUUAUAUUUAAGCAAUGCUUGAAAAUAUACAUAUUAAUAAAACUUACACAUAUUCUUCAUAACAAAGGAAAGACAAAUUAUAGACAUGUUUGUAAUAAUACUAAUUUAUCCUUGAAAUAUUACUAUGCAGUAAGCUAUUGGGAUUCUGAAUCGAAUGCAAUGCCCAUUGGUUUAACAUUUUAUCAAAACAAUGAAUAUAUGAAAACAAUUUCAAACUGCUGUAAGUAACAUAGAAUAUAGUAACAGUCUUGUACUUCAAAAAAUAAUUUGGCAUAUAAAUAUAGAGGUAUGGAAUUAUUGUCUAGAAAAAGAUUGGAUUCUACUAAGCUAUGGUUUUUUAAAAACCAGUUUCCUUUAAUAAAAUUUGGUUGAGUUUACAAUAUGCUAAAGAAACAAUUUCAUGGUUUCAAAUAAAAUGUGACUAUAUAGAGAAUACAGUCAAUCAGAUUAAACAUCCCUAAUUUAUUUUAUCUGUAGGUUUUAUAAAAAAACCUACAGAGAUAAAAUAAAUUUGAGGAAAGAAAGAAAAAGCCAGUUUGGUGUAGUGGUUAAGUUGCUGACCUAGAAACGGAGUUCUAGUCUUGCUUUAGGAAUGAAAAACCAGUUACUUUCUCUUAGCCCCCUCAGAGUUGUUGAGGGAAAAGUAGAAGAAGGAAGGAGUAUUGGGAUGUUUGCCACCUUGAGUUGUAUAUGAAAAAAGAUAGAAUAAAUAAAAAAAAAUAUGGAAUGGGGUGGAUAGAACAGAAGGAACAAGUUACAUUUACACUGUGUUCUUUUGCAGCAUUUUACUUUGCCUUGCAAAGGUGAUGGCAGGAAAACGACUAAUUAAAACUAUGAGGUGCAGUUCUUCCUUAAAUCAUUUAUGUGUUAUGCAGCCAUUAUAUUCCAGAACAAAAUCCUAAUUGUUACAAAAUCCAGGCACAUGAGAUAAUUGAGUUUCUGUGCAGGAAGGUAGAUUAGAUAUCUCUUUGCUCUGGCUUUCCUAUGCCUUUAAGAGCACUUUAGGUAAUAAAGUCAGUACAUGAGAUAUGAAGAUGAAAUGUUUUAUUGGUUAAGUUCUCUACCUGCUUAUAUCCAUAAUAUAUCACAAUAUCUAAAAGCAUAUAAAGAGAAUCUGAAAUAUAAGAUUUCAGCUUCACAGAGGAUAUUUUUGAAAAUCAUAGUCUCUGAACCACAUGUUGAUAUGUCUAACUCAGAGAGCUUUUGUAUCUUUAAAAGACAUGCUCCACCUUGUCACUGUCUACUCUUAUACUCCAUAAUUCCUAUCUAUUGGAAAGAUUUCAUCAGAAAAAAAAUAGCAGCAGUGAUCAAAGUUGAAGCUAUAAGAUUCUUGAUUGGAAGAUACAUGUUAGCAUGCAAGUAGGAGACAGUUGUAGAAUUCUCUGAACAAAGCAUCUGGAUGCACUUCAGGUGAUUUAGGAUCAGUCAUGGACAUAUGGCACAAUGCGCAUGAAUCAGCAGAAAGUACUGUUAAUUCAUUUGGAUGAAAUAGAAAAAUACGUUAGGAAAUAAUGUAAUACAUCUGAAUUUAGCAAAUCUCUUGAGUUAGAAGAAUAAGAUUUGGGAAUUAUUUGUUGUGAGCCAUCUAAUAAACCUAUCUGGUGGACCAAAUAGCACAAACAAUUCAUCUUGUAAAACUGGAAAUACUUACAUACACCCAACACUGCAUUAUUUAUAAUAUUGUGUGUGACAAAAAUCAAUUAACAGUAUAAAGUUGUAAAUUAAUUAAAAUGCAGUAAAAACAAACCAUUCACAGGCUAAACAAACAAAUGGAACACACACAAAAAGAUCAAUGUGUGGAAAAUCAUUCAAUUUAGGUCCACACUGACUCGAUACAAGACAAACAGGUAAAUAUUUUGGGGAUGGUAGCCACAUUAUAUUUUGACUUUUUUCCAUGACAAUACUUUGGGGAAGAAAAACUGAAACAUAGUACCAAUACAAAUUGGUAUUUGGGUCUUCAUUUCUGUUUUUAGGCUGCGGUCCAGAAAUAUACCUAUACCUAGCGUGUAUUACAGAUGCAGAUUAGUGGUACAAGUAGGCUGUAUUCUAAUUCUAACUCAUUGCAUUCAUCAGCACACCUUAAAUAUCUGAGGGAUUGGGAGGAUUUUUUGAAAAUAUCUAAAUAGUUCUUCAGAGGUAUGGAGGAGGGCAAGAGUAACUCUUAAUAAGGAAAAUUAGAUUCCAUAUUACUGGAUGUAGCCUACUACCUAGUCACUUUCCAGUACAAUAAAUUGACAUGGUAAAAGCACUUUCAUGUUGUCAUGGAUGAUGAUGAUGAUGAAGCCUGUCUCUUUGAUCUUAUUGGAGAUCCCCAGGCACUGAAUUACUUUCUACACGGAGGGGGUAGUAAAUCUAACAGCGAAGACUUGAGUAACAUAGGAUAUUCUGCAGCCAACUCAAAUUCCAUUUUUGCCAAUACCAGUAGCUCUGACCCUAAGUCAUCAAUCAAAGGUGUUGGUGGUCAGCUUGGAGAAGGGUCUAAUGAUGGACUACAGUUGCCAAGUACUCUUCAGUUUCUUGAUGAUGAACUUGAAUCAUCUCCAUUGCCUGAUCUUAGUGAAGAUCAGCCUUUUGAUAUCCUCCAGAAAUCUUUGCAAGAAGCUAAUAUUACUGAGCAGACUUUGGCAGAAGAGGCUUAUUUGGAUGCCAACAUAGGCUCCAAUCAACAGUUUGCACAAACACAGCUUCAUCCUUCCUCAUCAGCAUCUUUUACUCAGGCUUCUAAUGUUUCUAAUUACUCAGGUCAAACGCUGCAACCUAUUGGAGUUACUCAAGUAGUACAGCCACCAGUUGGAGCAUCUUUUACAAGCAAUACAGUUGGUGUGCAACAUGGCUUUAUGCAACAUGUGGGGAUCAGUGUUCCCAGUCAGCAUUUGUCAAACAGUCAGAUUGGUAAUUCUGGACAAAUACAACUAAUUGGUUCAUUUAGUAAUCAACCUUCUAUGAUGGCCAUAAAUAAUCUUGAAGGAUCUCAUAUUAUAUUGAAGGGUGGCGGACAACAAGCACCUGCAAAUAUGAGUGGUGGACUUUUGGUUCAUAGACAAACUCCUAAUGGCAACUCAUUGUUUGGCAAUUCAAAUUCAAGCCCAGUAGCACAACCUGUAACUGUUCCAUUUAAUAGUACAAAUUUUCAGGCAUCUUUGCCUGUACACAACAUUAUUAUACAGAGGGGUCUUGCUCCAAAUUCUAACAAAAUUCCCAUCAAUAUUCAACCCAAACCAAUUCAGAUGGGACAGCAAGCCACUUACAAUGUAAAUAGUUUAGGAAUACAGCAGCAUCAUGUACAACAAGGGAUUCCCUUUGCUUCAUCAAAUUCCCCUCAGAAUUCAGUAGUUGGUCCACAUAUGUCUGUUAAUAUUGUUAGUCAACAAAAUUCAAGAAAACCAGUUACUCCCCAAACAGUAAGUAAUGCCAGUGGUAGCAUUGUUAUCCAUUCUCCAAUGGGACAACCUCACACGUCUCAGAAUCAGUUUCUUAUACCCACAAGUCUGUCUGUAAAUCCUAGUCCAGUUCAUCAUGUCCAGACUGUAAAUGGACAGCUGCUUCAGAAUCAGUCUUCACAACUUGUUCCCAGCCAAGUAUCCACUGAGCAUAUUAUGUUAAAUAGAAACUCUACGAAUAUGCUCAGAAGUAACCAAGCAUAUUCAGGACAAAUGCUGAAUAAUCAGAAUGCUGUACAGUUAGUUUCUGGUCAGACAUUUGCUCCUUCUGGAAACCAAGUUAUAGUCAACCAUGGAACUUCUCAAAUUGUUGGUGGUCAGAUUCCAUUACAACAAUCCUCUUCCGCCGUAUUACAUUUAUCUCCAAACCAAGGAAACCUUUCUCAAGGCAGAACAGGAUUUUCAGCAGCAUCUCCUGGACAGGCAACUGGUUCGAAUAUAUCUUCAAGUAAUCGUUUUACUGUUGUGAGUUCCUCUGCUACGGUACAUCCAAACAUUGGCUCAUCAGUUCAGUCUGUAGCUUCAAGUGGAAGCUUUGCUGGAGAUCAACUUACACAGCAAAAUAGAACUCAAUUGUCAGUCAGUGUAUCACAUCGACUUCCAGUUUCUUCAUCAAAACCUGUCAGCACUUUUAGUCACACAUCAAUAACCCAGCCACCAUUUUCAUUUGGACAGAUUCAAAAAAAAGCAACCAACCUGGCAUCUUCAGUUGCAUCAUCAAAAUCACAGGACAACUUGAGACAACCACAGUCAACAAAUCUUUUAGGACAAGAUGCUGGAGCCAAAAUCAUACAACAGCCUAUAGGAACAGUGUUACCACACCAGGAAAAAACAGCAGGGUCAUCGCUUGGUCAAACAAAUGUGCAGGUGGAUGGUCAUAUAGUAGGACAAAAGAGACCUGCUGCUAAACAAUUAACCAAAGGAGCCUUCAUUCUACAACAAUUACAGAAGGACCAGGCACAGGCUGUAACUCCUGACAAAAGUCAGUUCAGAUCUUUAAGGGAUGCAGUCCAGAGACUUCUUUCAUAUCAUGUGUGCCAGGGAUCACCGCCAACUGAAGAGGAUUUAAGGAAAGUGGAUAAUGAAUUUGAAUCUGCAGCAACACAGCUUCUGAAAAGAACACAGUCAAUGCUAAAUAAAUACAGAUGUCUUCUUUUGGAAGAUGCAAUGAGGAUAAAUCCUUCAGCAGAAAUGGUAAUGAUUGACAGGAUGUUUAACCAGGAAGAAAGACAAUCUCUGUCCCGGGAUAAACGUCUUGCAAUAGUUGAUCCUGAUGGUUUUCUGGCGGACUUUUGUUGCUCAUCCACACAGUUUGACAAGAGUGCUGAUGACACACAGCUUCAUGAAAGUGAUCAUCAAACUAGCAAAUCAUUAACUUUUCCAAACCAGACUGCUAAUACCCAAAUGAGAGACAAGUCAAGCACAGCAGAGUCUUUAAUGUGCAACAAACAUCAUGUAGUGCCUAACAAUAUUGUGAGUCCACCACAAGAAAACAUUUCUGUUAAAAAAGCAGAUCUUGCAAAAGCUUUAACAUUUGAGAAAUGCUCUUCCGAAAGCUGCUCUCCCGAAAGCCAACAUACGGCUCCUUCUGAACAAAAAAUCGCUCUUAAAGGUCUUGACAAGUUGAAUGAAAAUUCUUUAGCUUCUAAAGAUCAUUCAUCUAAAAUCUUAUCAAAUGCAGAUCGUGGUACGCAUAAUAAAACCUGUUGGAAUACAGUUGAUUCUCAUUCAGAAACAGCAUGUAAUCAUUCCCUGCAAGAUAAAACUCCUCGGAGUUCUCCAAAGAAUGUGGAUUUGCCACAAGACAACUGGAAAGGUUCUGGAAAACCCCAAAAGGAUUUGCUUGUCAAUAAGAGUUUAGAAACUACAUUCAAAAAUAUAUUAGAACUGAAAAAGACUGAAAGGCAGCCACAAAGUGAGGCAGCUGCUAGUAGCUCUCUAGAGUUAGAGUAUCCUAACUGUUCACAUAUUGCUCCGCAGGAAAACUGCCUGGAGAAGUUUAUUCCAGACCACAGUGAAAGCAUUGUAGAAACUGACUCUCUUUUAGAAGCUGCUGUAAAUAGUAUCUUAGAGUGUUAAUAGUUACAGUACUGUGGACAAAUCUCCCUUAGAAACAAAUGUGAAAGAUACCACAAGUACAGCCUGAUGUGUACUUUCUAAAGUAGGUUCUGUUCUUUGUUUGAGAGCAAUAUUCAUUGUGGUUACAGUGAAGUAUCCAGUAAUGUAAAACCUUAAGAGAAAGCUGUUUGGUAAGGCCUAUUCAUUGGCUGUGAUUGAAUGUAUUCUCAACCAUGUUCUUUACCAUUUCAAGAAUGAUUCUCAGUGAGCCUUUCCCUUCCCUCUCUUCUUCCAACUCAACUGCACAGGUAAGAUCUGAAGCUUUUGUUUCUGUUUUAGACUAUAGUUUAAUGUGUUGCCUGAGGUUGAACCUAUAAUUAAUAACUAAACCAGAUUCAUGAACUGUGAUUUUCAAUAGCUACAAUUAGGGUUGUAUAAUCCAGAGUUGGCAACAUGACAAAACUGUGGUUAAUAAAAUAUGGAACAGAAAAUUCCCAGCAUGAUCAGUGGCAAAGUCUUACACGCUAACCACUGGAUUACAUUGCUUGUAUAAACAGUUUUAAUGUUGCAGCUUAAUGAAACAUUAAUUUACGAAACCCUACACAAUGUAGUAUUGACAAUCACAGUCUACUAAGAGGUGUAUUAAAUACCGUCCAUAAUUUAUAUUUAAUAAGAAAAUUGCUCUCUAUAUCUCCUGUCAAGAUUUAAAUCUCUGUGGUUAAAAAUUCUACAGUUUACCUCUUUGCAGAAAUGUCUUCGUCAGGUUUACAAGAAAUAGAGAAAAAAUUGUAAACUGAAAAAUUAUAAGUAGAGUUUACAUAGCUUUAUACUUCAAGUGCUAUUCAGCUGCUCCGUAAGCAGAAACCAAUAUAAUUCAGAGGAAUGACAUUGUAGAGUUUAAGUUGGUAUGGAACGAUAAACAUAAAGUUUAGAAAAGCUAGUAGAUUGGAACUUUUAAAAAGAGGCUAUAAAGUAGUCAUGCACAGACCAUACACAUAUACACAAAAACACAUUUUUGAUUGACACAUUGAUUCUUCAGCAAAAGCUUUUGUAUUUUAUAAUUGGAUAAAAUCAACUAAAUAUUUCUGAGAUGGUAUAAUGUUUUUCUAAACCAAGUAUGACAAGCAUUUUUACUUAAAAAUUGUGUUGUUAUAGUAGAUGUUUAUAGUUUAAGGAGUACUAGCCUUAAUCUGAACAAAUUAAAGAACAGUGUUAUUUUGGUUGUUUCUGAUUCUAAUUGUUCAGAAUGUUAAUCCAUUUGCGGCAGUGGUCAUAUUAUGAAAACACGUACAAACCAAAGUUAGAUUUCUAUACAUUUAACAAAAUUACAUGUAAAAGCAUAUAUCUCAUAAUCUAGAGCCAAAGGAACCUCAUGCAUGGUUUGCAUUUGGCUGGUGAUCAUAUUGAUAAUGUAAAUUUCUUUAUUAUUUAAAUCUACAAAUUUCUCCUUUUAGGUUGCCAGGCUUAAGGAAAAAAAGUAUACAAGCUUUCUUUAAUACUGUUUCUUACAAUUAUGCCUGCUGAAAAGGAAAGAGAACUGUGAUUUAUAAGACACUUUGUCUGCAGCUUCUUUUUGCAGAAAUAUUUAAAAUUUAUUGAGGACUCUCUGAUCCUGAUCUGAUGGGGGUCUUUCUUUUGCAUUCAGCUGUAGUAAAGCCCCAUGUAGUUUUGCUACAUAGCAAUGACAAACUGGUUGUCAGUCAGAUUGCCAGAAUUUUUAGAAAGAGUCAUGUUUUCCUUUCUUUAUUCCAAAUAAUGUAAUACAAAACUGUAUUCUGUUAUAUUAUUCAACACAGAACACACUACCAUCCUUAUAUUGUGACCACAUUGCCAUGGAUUAAUAAAAUAUCAUUUAAUUCAGCAAAAGAGUAACAACAGUUAAUGUACAAUCCACAUAUAAUAGGAAUAGAAACAUGGAGUUUAAUUUUAUUGCUUCCUUUUUAAAAAAAAAAAAGUAUAUGAUUUUAAAGUCACGGGUUUAUGAUUUUGUACACUUCAUGGCAACCAUAAUUUAAAUAACUAUAAUUUUCACAAAUUUAUUUUUUGCGAGGAUAGCUUUAAUUAUUUGUUUCUUUUAAGUAAUAUAAAGAGAGUAGAAGGUGGUUUUCCCUCAAGGUUUUGUGAAGGAAACAUAAUUGAACUGUAACCAUAAUGAGGUAAUUUGGAAAGCAGGGUGUAUAUUGCACCAGUCACAUAAAUUAGUUUAACUAGUAUUGGAUUGGAAAUGUAAAACAAAAAUAUUCACAUUUGUACAACUUCUUAUUUUGGUUUUACCUGCUAGUGUAAAGUUCCCAUUGUAUGUACAGAAUAUUCUGAACCUAAAUACCAAAAUAAAGUGUAUAUGUUUUGAAUCUUAGGUGAGAGUUUAAUUUUAGAUAACGUCUUAGCCAAGACAUCUGAAAUGCACUUCAUCAAUGUGGAUUAAAUCAUACCUAUAUUUAUCCCAGGAUUUUGUGCUGGGAACCCACUGAACAAAGUUCAGCUGAAUUAACCUGGGAUAGCUAAUGUAUUUUAUUUAUUAAACUGAACUUGGUUUUAGAGUUCUGAAUAUUUUAAAUGGUAAUGCAGUAAAAAUAUUUUUGUUCAUUGUAAAGAAACAAAGUGUGAAUUUGUUAUGCAGCCCAUGGUCCUGAAUCCAGUGAAGGCCAUUUAUUUGUGCUUACCUGCUUUGUAGAUUUGGUCUCUUGACUACCUGAUGUCUUUCCACAUUGUCUAAAGUUAAAACAUUUUUAGCUGGCAACUAUAAAAAAAUCUGAUUCAACAAGGUCAGCAUAACUGAUCUGUUAGAUUUGGGAGGCCUUACAGACUGACUUUACCGAAAGAGGAUGUGUCACUUUUUGUCAAUGUAAUAUGAACUUCAUUUGCUUAAAAACUUUCAUUUGUAUAGUAUGUCUCACUUGAAAUUGCUUUGUAUACAUUUUGUAAAAAUAUUUAUAAAAUGUUUUGUAAAAAAUAUAACAAAUUGCAGUUUAUUUUGUUAUGUUGGAUAAAUACUGUUAAAAUACACAUAUUGGUAAAAAUAUAUUGUUAACCCAUGAAUAGGAAAUGUUUAGCUGGAUACUACAAAUUGAAACAACCAUUGCAAUACAGCCAAAGAUUUGGGAAAAA